GCAGAUAUUACAUGGUAAAUAACGUAUUCAUAUUUUUGUAGAUAAUGGAUCGAUCAUUCGAAAAAGUUUUAUUAGAGGUCAAGAGAUCUUCGUCGAAGAAGAAAUCGCGCAGGAAGAUAUUGAGCAGGAGAGAACUAAUCAGGAAGAAGACGAGCUAAUGGAAAGAAAUAUAGAGGAUGACAGUUUGAACAGCAGUGAUUGUCUGAUAAACCUACCAGCGCGGAAAAUACGCAUUGAGGAACUUCUCAUAGAGAAAGUGCGGAAGCGACUCCCUCUUUGGAAUUUUAAAUUGCACAUUUACAAAAGGGAUGGUCGUGCUAAAGAGAAGCUGUGGGAAGAGAUUGCUGACAACAUGAAAGGGGGAAUAACUGUGCAAGAGAUAAAAAAAAGUGGAAGUCAUUAUCCGAUAUGUUCAGGAGACUUCGCAAAUCUCACAAACAGCUGAGUGGUUUUGCGACUGCCAAGAAGAUUAAAUGGCUUCACUUUGAUAGGCUUAGUUUUUUGCAUGACAUGAGUGAAAAAGAAAUGACAUCGAAUAUUCCCGAUCUCUCCAACAGUCCAGAUGUUUCGCAAGACAACACAGAAAUAUCUGUCGAUGACCACAGUGACAGUACAUCGCGAAACAGUGAAUAUACACCACAAAGGAACGAGAAAUUGAUCAAGUCUGGAGCAAUUAUGGACAGGAUGAUGAACCUAAUGAAUGAACCCAUAUCGGUUGAUGUAACUGGAGGCCUGCCCAAUGAUGAAUUCACUGAGUUCGGAAUGAUUGUCGCCUCUAAGCUGCGAGCUCUCAAUGUGAAUGCAAGCGAAGUAGCAAUGCUCGCAAUAUUGCAACUUUUGCGUGAGACGAGAGUAAACAAUCAGUAGAAGAAAAUAAAAUAAUGUUACGAGUAAAAAAAAUAAA